CCCCUCCCUCUCUCAGCCUGUGGCUCCUCCUUGUCCCUCAGCUCGCGCGCGCUGUCCCGGUCGCGCUCUCUGCCUCGCGCCGCACUGGGAUGUUGACGGCUGCGUCUGGAGGCAGAUCCCGGCUCGGCGAGGCGGCGGCCGGGGGAAGCCAGUGAGGCAGCCACAGCCCCCGCCGUAGCGCCCAGGGAGCGGGCGGACCCUCCCUCUUUCCUCCCCCCCGCCCGUGCGCUAGGCGGAGAGACUGCGAGGAGCCCGGGGUACAACAUGGCGGAGCACUCGGCCCCCGACCACAGGCACAAACCCGCCAACUCCUUGGCGCUGGGGAAUAGCCGGCCCGGGACGGGCAGCGGCUCCUCCGCGGCGGCUGCCGGCGGCCCCCCGGCGGGUGGAGGCGGCCUGUCGGGGGGCCUGUCGCAGCCGGCGGGCUGGCAGUCGCUGCUCUCCUUCACCAUCCUCUUCCUGGCCUGGCUGGCCGGCUUCAGCUCCCGGCUCUUCGCCGUCAUCCGCUUCGAGAGCAUCAUCCACGAGUUCGACCCCUGGUUUAACUAUAGAUCAACACAUCACCUUGCAUCCCAUGGGUUUUAUGAAUUUUUAAAUUGGUUUGAUGAAAGAGCAUGGUAUCCACUGGGAAGAAUAGUAGGUGGAACUGUCUACCCUGGGUUGAUGGUGACAGCAGGCCUUAUACAUUGGAUUUUAAAUAUGCUAAAUGUCACAGUCCACAUAAGAGAUGUAUGUGUAUUCCUAGCACCAGUUUUUAGCGGCCUUACAUCUAUUUCUACUUUUCUGCUCACCAGAGAACUGUGGAACCAAGGAGCAGGGCUUUUAGCUGCCUGUUUUAUUGCUAUAGUUCCAGGUUACAUAUCUCGAUCAGUAGCAGGAUCCUUUGACAAUGAAGGCAUAGCCAUUUUUGCACUGCAGUUCACGUACUAUUUGUGGGUGAAGUCUGUGAAAACUGGGUCAGUCUUUUGGACAAUAUGCUGCUGUCUAUCUUACUUUUAUAUGGUCUCUGCAUGGGGUGGUUAUGUUUUCAUCAUCAACCUUAUUCCACUGCAUGUGUUUGUGCUGCUGUUGAUGCAGAGAUAUAGCCGGAGGGUCUACAUAGCAUAUAGCACUUUCUACAUUGUGGGCUUAAUAUUAUCCAUGCAGAUACCUUUUGUGGGCUUUCAGCCAAUUAGAACAAGUGAGCACAUGGCUGCUGCAGGUGUGUUUGCACUGCUGCAAGCCUAUGCCUUUUUGCAGUAUUUGAGAGACAGACUAACAAAGCAAGAAUUCCAGACCUUGUUCUUCUUGGGUGUGUCACUAGCUGCUGGUGUUGUAUUCCUGAGUGUCAUCUAUUUGACAUAUACAGGUUACAUUGCUCCAUGGAGUGGCAGGUUUUAUUCACUGUGGGACACCGGGUAUGCGAAAAUUCACAUCCCGAUCAUUGCCUCUGUGUCUGAGCAUCAGCCUACAACAUGGGUUUCCUUCUUUUUUGAUCUGCAUAUUCUCGUGUGUACUUUCCCAGCAGGGCUGUGGUUCUGUAUCAAAAAUAUCAAUGAUGAAAGAGUCUUUGUCGCUCUGUAUGCAAUCAGUGCUGUUUACUUUGCUGGUGUGAUGGUUCGUCUGAUGUUGACUUUGACUCCAGUGGUCUGUAUGCUGUCAGCAAUUGCUUUCUCCAAUGUGUUUGAGCACUAUUUGGGUGAUGAUAUGAAGAGGGAAAAUCCACCAAUAGAAGACAGCAGUGAUGAGGAUGACAAAAGAAACCCAGGCAACCUGUAUGACAAGGCAGGUAAAGUGAGGAAACACGUAUCUGAACAGGAAAAAACAGAAGAAGGACUGGGUCCCAACAUCAAGAGUAUUGUUACUAUGUUGAUGCUGAUGUUGUUGAUGAUGUUUGCUGUCCACUGCACUUGGGUAACUAGCAAUGCAUACUCCAGUCCUAGUGUUGUUCUGGCUUCAUACAAUCAUGAUGGCACUCGGAACAUCCUGGAUGAUUUCAGAGAGGCAUACUAUUGGCUAAGACAAAAUACAGAUGAACAUGCUCGAGUAAUGUCUUGGUGGGACUAUGGCUAUCAGAUAGCAGGAAUGGCCAAUCGGACUACUUUAGUUGAUAACAAUACCUGGAACAACAGCCACAUAGCCCUGGUGGGAAAAGCAAUGUCAUCAAAUGAGACAGCAGCAUAUGAGAUCAUGAGGAGUCUGGAUGUGGAUUAUGUUUUAAUUAUUUUUGGAGGUGUGAUUGGCUACUCUGGUGAUGAUAUCAACAAGUUCUUGUGGAUGGUGAGAAUAGCAGAGGGCGAGCAUCCCAAAGAUAUCCGGGAAAGUGACUACUUCACUCCACAGGGAGAGUUCCGCGUAGACAAGGCAGGUUCUCCAACGUUGCUGAACUGCCUCAUGUAUAAAAUGUCCUAUUACAGAUUUGGAGAAAUGCAGCUGGAUUUUCGGACACCACCAGGAUUUGAUCGCACACGCAAUGCUGAGAUCGGCAACAAGGACAUUAAAUUCAAACAUUUGGAGGAAGCCUUUACAUCAGAGCAUUGGCUUGUAAGAAUAUACAAAGUGAAAGAACUAGACAACAGAGAGACAUUGGACCAUAAACCUAGAGUAACCAACAUUUUACCAAAACAGAAGUAUUUGUCAAAGAAGACUGCCAAAAGGAAGCGGGGCUACAUUAAGAAUAAACUAAUUUUAAAGAGAGGCAAGAGACCCAACAGGAAGACAGUUUAAAUACACUGUUCUGAUUGCUAAUACGAAGCAGUUGUCCUUGAGAUAACCAGUCUUUGCCUUUAGCUCAAGUCAUGUUUCACAGCAACAUGAGGGUACAGAACCAUCAUUGGUCCAGAUUAUUGUACAAAAUUUUCAGGCAAUGUCUGAUUUAAAAAAUGUUGGCUUAUUGAGAACAGCUGUUUUAGAUUUGUAAUGUGAAGCAAGACAGAGCUGCUGUCCAAGUCUAGCAGCAGAUUUUUUUUCUUGGUACAUAUUAUCCUUCAAAUCUGUUGAGAAUUUGGACUGAUUGCACCAAAGAGCCCUCGAAUUUGGUCCUUGGCACAUGCAUACUUGUCAAUUUUUUUUUUUUAAACAACAUACUUCAGCUGAAUAAGCAAUAUGUAAUGUAAACUGGAAUGGUGAAAUCUGUAAAGUGACUAGUUUUUCCAAGCUGUUGAUUUUUUUAAAACAAUUAAAAGACUAUGUACAUCUUUGUAAUUCAGCUCUUAGAAAACACAGAUUACUCUCCCUUCUAGUAUUUAUUUACAUGGGUUCAUUAAAUGUACUUUUUCUAUUGCUGUAAAUUCUUUGGUCUGGACUAUAAGAGGCAAGCUACAUUUUCACAAAUGAUAACUGGACAUAUUACAGUACUUGGAUGAUAAGUUUAAAUUGAACAGGCUGCUUUUGUUUAAAAAACAAUUGCAGUAUUUGCUGCCUUACACAGCACAAAUCUUGUAUAAUGUAGAUAUAAGGGCUAAAUUUGUAUCCUUCUGAAAAUCUGAAGCAACAUUAAUGAAUGCUACUGAGCACUACAACUGCUGGUGUUUCAGAACUAACAAACUAAUUUUGUGAAAUGUUUACAUGGUAAAACAAAUAUACCUUUUUUUAAAUUUAAAAAAAAGGUUGACAAGUAUACAAAAUCCCCUUUCUGUGGCUGUUCGGAGAGAUAGAGGGUUUAUAAACCCCAACCUACCUUUUUUUGUGAGGGCAGGUGAGGGGGUUUGUUUUUUGGAAAGGAUUGUGUUUUUUCUCUGCAUUUUUAUUUAGAGUGCUUAAUCAGUUGAUGAAACUUCUGCUUUAGUGCUAUUUGCUUUCUUUUAUUUUUUUUUAAAGUGACAAUUGUCAAAUUAAAUGCACUAAAAUAUAAAUGGAGAUUGAACAUGUUCACUUUCCAGCUAUAGGAAACUUUAUACAGACUUGAAAAUUUUCUUGUUCUUUUAAUAAAGUGAAAGAGAGGGUUUUUGCUGUUUAUUUUCCUGCCACAGGAUGCAACUCAUUUUUAUAUAAGCAAAUCUAAUUUACACCAGAAGUAUUGGUGUAAAAUGCAGAAUAGUAUGUACCUUUCAUGAAGAAAAUGUAAAUUUACAAUAUUCAGUGAGAAUGUUACUGCUGAUUUUCCCAAGGUGUAGAAUAUUUUUUGAUUUAUAAACUCCUUUUUGACCUUAAUGGUUCUUUUACAGACCAAUACUACAGCUGCAACAUUUUCACAAAACUAAAAAUUCUGGAUUUCUGACCCUUUGCCCUUUUGAGAUUUCAUUUUACUUUGUUGCUUUAAAGCUCAAUGCAGACCAGUUGUUAACUAUAGGGGAAAAUAAAGUUAAUUCAAGUUUUGUGUUAA